CCUCACUCACGUUAGAUAUACAAUUAUUUUCCUUCUGCCAUGCGUCUGUGAAGGUAUUUUCCAUAAACUUAUUUUGGCUCAGAAUAACCUUUACUGAUAUGAUCACAUAUCUGUGGCUUAAAGAGAAACAGAAGGCUCAGAACCAUAUCCCAUAUCUCUGGCUGACUGAAGAGACCUCCCAUGCGGGCCCCCAGCAACCCAGCCAUCAGGAGAGGGUGUGUCCGCAGCUGUACAGGAUACGAGGCUGUAGUGUCAAGUGUGUGAACACCUGUUGUAGAGGUCCUCCCCAGGUAUGGCUCUGAGUCUUGUGUGCCUGCUGCGGCCCGUGUUGGGCCAUGCCCUGGUGCGGCAGCUCAGCUGUCCCAGGGUCCUGACCACGGCCCGGGUCACGACCCCACUCCUCACACACCAGAACCCCCAGCUGACUCCCACCUUUGCACGGUUCUACGCCACCAAGAAGGCCAAAGCCAAGGGGAAGGGUCAGGCGGCCAAAGUGAACAUUAACUCUGCGCUGGUGGAAGACAUCAUCGAUCUGGACGAGGUGAAGGGGGACAUGACGGCCGUGCUCAACACCCUGAAGGAUGACUUCACGCGGAGCCUCAGCAUUCGAACGUCGCCAGGGGCUCUGGACCACAUCGUAGUGACCACCCCAGAUGGAAAGUUUCCCCUCAACCAGCUGGGCCAGGUCUCCAUGAAAUCUCCUCAGCUCAUAGUGGUUAACAUGACCAGCUCCCCAGAGGCUACGGUGGCUGUCACUCGUGCCCUGAGGGAGAGCUCCAUGAAGCUGAACCCAGAGGUGGACGGAGCCAUCAUCAAGGUGCCUCUUCCCAAGGUGACGAGGGAGCACAGGGAGAACCUGGGCAAGCUGGCCAAGCAGCUGAGCAACAAGGCCAAGGACUCCCUGAGGAGGGUGCGCUCCAACGCCGUCACGCAGGUCAAGAAGGCCAAGGAGGAGCACUCUGAGGACACCAUCAGGCUGCUGGAGAAACAGCUUCAGCAAAUGGCGGACAACAUGGCCAUCGACAUCGACAAGCAGCUAGCAUCCAAGACCAAAGAGCUAUUAGGCUAACCAUGCUAAUAAAAGCUAUGCACUACUUAUUA